CAGCAACUAUAACUAGCAAAUAUUUUUGAAAUAGCUAAAUGUAGUUUGCGAACGAAAAAGUUACACUUUGUUAAGUCAUUAGUCUAUGUGUCUCUGUCUGUCGUGUUAAUUGUUGAAACGCUAAAUGUACCGCCUUCUAUGGUAGAUAGACACCUCCUUACUAACGUUAGCUUUCUAAGAUAUUGUUGUUGAGUGGGAUAGGAAUCUAGCUAAGUUAGCAGGCUUUCCAGGUGGAGUCAGCAGCAGCACAAAAUGACUUCCGCCUCUACUAAGGUGGGAGAGAUCUUCUCAGCUGCAGGAGCUGCCUUCACCAAGCUGGGUGAGCUUACCAUGCAGCUGCAUCCAGUAGCUGACUCCAGCCCUGCAGGAGCCAAAUGGACAGAGACGGAGAUCGAGAUAUUGCGUUCAGCUGUGCAGCAUUUCGGUGAUGAUCUGAACAGCAUCAGCUCUGUGAUUAAGGAGCGCACUGUAGCCCAGAUAAAGACAACAGUGAAGAGGAAACUGUAUGAGGACAGCAGGAUGCCCCUCUCCUCAGACUCUCCCAAAAAGACCACCAAGAAGACCAUGGCAGCCGCACCAGCAGCCUUGGCCCCCACAGUAAUUGCUGUGCCCAACUCACAGGUUGUCCUGACAACAGGGCUUCAGAGCGCCUCCCCUAUGCCCCCUGCCAUCAAGAAACAGAAAACCGCAGAUGUGACGCUCAGUGCUCUGAAUGACUUGGAUGUGAACAGCGACCUGGUGGACAUUGAGGGACUGGGAGAUGGAUCCAACACCAAGCUCAAUUUCGAUCAAGAGAGCCUCAACCUGGACUCCAGCCUCAUCAUGAACUCCAGUGACUUGCCCCUCCUGUCUCGCUGACCUCUAACCCCACUGUACCCAUGGGUUGGAAAACCUGGGUCCCUCUAUCACCAGAAAGCAGAUUAAUUGGUAUCCUUGUUAGAGCUAUUUUGGACAGAUUUUAGCAGAUUAAUUUUUAUGAACAGACCCCCCACGACAUGUUCUUGAACAGACUUUGAAGUACGUUUUCUCUGUUUGGUAGGUGUGGCUUGAAGCAAUGAGUGAAUAUUUAAAGGGCAGCAGGGUGUUCCACAACCCAGUUCCCUCCCUGUUUUUUCAACUGGUUGUUCAGAACACUACCGUUUUUGUUGCUUUAAGUAUUUUCUUGUACUGAAUGCAGCCAUCGGGCAAAUUCUGUUGAAAAAAAAAUCUUGAAAGCAAACAAAAUGAAACCAGGAGGGACUUACCAGAAUCAGUCCAAUAGAAACUCUUAUUUAGCUCUGUUUACUUCCGCUGGGUUAUUAUACGGUUUCCGUAAUGGAGUGAGUGUACAUGCUGUGUACCACGGGUUGAUAUAUUUAUAAAGACAAGAUAUAGGCUAGCCAAGUAUUAUUUACUGUUGUUCAAACAAUGGUUGUGCAUGACAUGAUUCCUUUUUAUGCUGUUUAGUAAAAUGUAACAUUUUU